AUGUCUUGGCAAGCGUACACUGAUAAUUUACUGGGGACUGGGAAGGUCGACAAGGCCGUUAUCUACUCCAGAGCCGGUGACUCUGUCUGGGCUACUUCCGGUGGUCUGACUUUGCAACCAAACGAGAUCUCUGCGAUCGUCACUGGCUUUGACAACCAAGCCGGUUUGCAAAGCAACGGGCUGCACGUCCAAGGCCAGAAGUUCAUGUUUUUGAGGGCCGACGACAGAAGUAUUUAUGGGAGACACGAUGCGGAAGGUGUGAUUUGCGUGAGAACAAAGCAAACAAUUCUGGUGGCACACUACCCACCAACUGUUCAAGCCGGUGAGGCCACCAAGAUUGUGGAACAGCUAGCCGAUUACUUGAUCAGCGUUCAAUACUAA